UACUUUAUUGAAUGCUUUUUCAAGCAAAGAAAUUUUUAAGCCGUAAGUUUCCAAGAAUUUUCUUUCUCAUCAUAUUAUGUCCGAUCUGUCAGUUACUUUCUCUCAAAGCCACUGCUUUUGUCCUCUAUAAGAGGGAAUGAGAUUAUUGAGGAUAAUUUCUGUGGAAUUUAAGUAAGACUGAGGAUUCAAUUUGAGAUGGAAGAAAAACCAUUCCCUGCCUGGUCCUGGUCUGUCGAUCAGUGUCUGAAAGAGUACCAAGUAAAAUUAGAGAAGGGUCUAAGCACUUAUGAAGUAGAGAAGAGGCGAGAAAGAUAUGGUUUGAAUGAACUUGAGAAAGAAAAGGGGAAGCCUUUGUGGAGGCUUGUUUUGGAGCAGUUUGAUGAUAUGCUUGUCAAAAUCCUCCUUGGUGCAGCCUUCAUCUCAUUUGUUCUAGCUUAUCUGCAUCAGGAUGAGACUGGAAAGUCAGGGUUCGAGGCCUAUGUAGAACCCUUAGUAAUCCUGUUGAUCUUAGUACUCAAUGCAAUCGUCGGAGUAUGGCAAGAAAGCAAUGCUGAGAAAGCACUGGAAGCAUUAAAAGAGAUGCAAGGUGAGUCUGCAAAGGUACUCAGAGAUGGAUAUUUAGUACCGGAUUUACCAGCAAAGGAGCUUGUUCCAGGGGAUAUCGUGGAACUGCGAGUUGGUGACAAAGUGCCAGCUGAUAUGAGAGUUGCCACUUUAAAAUCCUCAACCCUAAGGGUUGAACAAAGUUCUUUGACAGGGGAGUCGAUGCCAGUUACUAAAAGCACCGAUUUCCUUGCUAUGGAUGAUUGUGAAUUGCAGGCCAAAGAGAACAUGGUUUUUGCUGGAACGACAGUUGUGAAUGGUAGCUGCAUCUGCAUUGUUGUGAACACGGGGAUGUGCACAGAAAUUGGUAAUAUUCAAAGACAAAUCCAUGAUGCGUCAAUGGAAGAAAGUGAUACCCCUUUGAAGAAGAAACUUGAUGAAUUUGGUAAUAGGCUUACAUCUGCCAUUGGCGUUGUUUGCUUAGUUGUGUGGGCAAUCAACUACAAAUAUUUUCUUUCCUGGGAGGUUGUGGAUGGCUGGCCUUCUAAUGUCCGUUUCUCAUUUGAGAAAUGCACAUAUUAUUUCAAGAUAGCUGUUGCUCUUGCAGUGGCUGCAAUUCCCGAAGGUCUCCCAGCUGUAAUUACAACUUGCUUAGCUCUUGGUACAAGGAAAAUGGCACAAAAGAACGCAAUUGUGAGGAAACUUCCAAGCGUGGAAACCUUAGGAUGCACAACUGUGAUUUGUUCAGAUAAAACAGGAACCUUGACUACCAAUCAAAUGUCUGUGUCAGAAUUCUUCACAUUGGGAGGGGAAACUACAGCCUGUCAAGUUUUUGGCGUCGAAGGUACAACUUAUGACCCUAAGGAUGGAGGAAUAAUGGGCUGGAACUGUUCCAAAAUGGAUUCUAACUUGCUACUCAUGGCUGAAAUAUGUGCAAUCUGCAAUGAUGCUGGGGUCUUCUGUGAUGGUCGUCUGUUCAAAGCCACUGGAUUGCCUACUGAGGCAGCUCUUAAAGUUUUGGUGGAAAAGAUGGGAGUACCAGAUAGCAAAGCAAGGAGCAAGAUUCGCGACGCACAGAUUGUAUCGAGCUAUUUGAUUGAUCGCAACACAGUUAAAUUAGGAUGCUGUGAUUGGUGGAUGAAAAGAUCAAAAAGGGUUGCAACAUUGGAAUUUGAUCGUGUUCGCAAAUCCAUGGGUGUUAUUGUGCGGGAGCUAAAUGGGAGCAAUCGACUUCUUGUCAAGGGUGCUGUUGAGAGUUUGCUAGAACGUAGUACAUAUGUUCAACUUGCAGAUGGAUCAACUGUUCCGAUUGACGAGUCUUGUAGACAACUAUUGUUGUUGAGGCACUUGGAGAUGAGCUCUAAGGGUCUGCGGUGCUUGGGCUUGGCAUAUAAAGAUGACUUAGGUGAGCUUUCUGGAUACUAUGCUGCGACUCAUCCUGCCCACAAGAAGCUACUUGAUCCAUCCUGCUACUCCUCCAUAGAAAGUGAUCUAGUUUUUGUGGGAGUUGUUGGUCUGAGGGACCCCCCACGUGAGGAAGUUCACAAGGCAAUAAAUGACUGCAGAAGAGCUGGGAUCAAAAUCAUGGUUAUAACUGGAGACAAUAAAUCCACAGCUGAGGCCGUUUGCAGGGAAAUUCAGUUGUUUUCUAAUGGUGAGAAUCUUAGGGGGAGUAGUUUUACUGGCAAAGAAUUCAUGGCCUUUUCCUCUCAGCAACAAAUUGAGAUAUUGUCACAAGAUGGAGGCAAGGUCUUUUCUCGUGCUGAACCCAGGCACAAACAAGAAAUUGUAAGGAUGCUGAAGGAGAUGGGUGAAGUAGUUGCAAUGACUGGAGAUGGUGUCAAUGAUGCACCUGCACUAAAACUUGCUGACAUUGGAAUAGCCAUGGGUAUAACAGGAACUGAGGUUGCAAAAGAAGCUUCUGAUAUGGUUCUGGCGGAUGACAAUUUCAGUACUAUAGUCUCUGCUGUUGCAGAGGGACGUUCGAUCUACAAUAACAUGAAGGCCUUUAUCAGAUAUAUGAUAUCAUCUAACGUUGGUGAAGUCAUCUCCAUUUUCUUGACUGCUGCUUUGGGCAUACCAGAAUGUUUGAUACCUGUGCAGUUGCUCUGGGUAAAUUUGGUAACAGAUGGCCCACCUGCUACAGCUCUCGGAUUUAACCCUGCUGAUGUUGACAUAAUGCAGAAACCACCUAGGAAGAGCAACGAUGCUCUCAUAAACUCCUGGGUUUUCUUCCGAUAUAUGGUCAUUGGUUCUUACGUGGGCAUUGCAACUGUCGGUAUAUUUAUAGUGUGGUACACCCAGGCUUCUUUCCUUGGUAUUAAUCUUGUGAGUGAUGGCCACACACUUGUUGAACUAUCACAGCUUCGCAACUGGGGUGAAUGCUCAGCGUGGCCAAAUUUUACCGUGAGUCCAUUCAAGGCUGGUAACCGCCUGAUUACCUUUUCUGACCCUUGUGAAUAUUUUACUGUUGGUAAAGUGAAGGCCAUGACACUGUCACUCUCUGUCCUGGUGGCAAUUGAGAUGUUUAAUUCUCUCAAUGCCCUCUCUGAAGACAACAGCUUGAUCAAAAUGCCACCUUGGAGAAAUCCUUGGCUUCUUGUUGCAAUGUCAGUCUCGUUUGCCCUACAUAGCCUGAUACUCUAUGUUCCUUUCCUAGCAGAUAUAUUUGGUAUUGUCCCACUAAGCCUAAAUGAAUGGCUUCUAGUCAUCUUGAUUUCUGCACCUGUUAUUCUUAUUGAUGAAGUCCUCAAAUUUGUGGGAAGGAGAAGAAGAAGAACUAAACUAAAAGCUGCAUAAUGUAUUCUUCUAGGAUAUGCUCGAGUUUACUAUUGACUAAAGGAGGUUUGAUUAAAUGUAUAUUGUUCAGAAAUGAAAAAUCUAUUUGGGGUGAUAGUUUUUGAGGAACUCUGUAAGCUAUAUAGCCUUUGAUCACAUGCCCUGGAAGGCUUCUUGUUAUCAUAAAAUUCAAGGUUUCUGAAGCAAAACCUGUUGUGUUUUUCCCUGAUCCUUUCUAGGAGGGGUUUCACGUAUUAUAAAUUCUAGUUUGUAUAAUUCAUUUAUUGAAUCUGCUAUCUUACCGUAGAUUUUGAUGAACUUAAA